GAACUCAAGGCCUGCUUGAUACGUCCGCCAUUUUGGGCGCUUCGCUGAUGGUGUCGGUGAGCGUGUUUCCCGCCUGAGCGCAACUAGCGGCGAGUCGCGGGCACCUCCAGGGGAACUUCUGUUUCAUGUGCACCAUCCCGCUUUAUUCUGCUAAUCUGCUAAUGCAGUAAAUUGGAAGACAACCGUUGCCAGGAUAACCUGUAAUGGGCAAGGAGCCACAGAAAAGAAAACAUUUCUUUUAAUUUUUAAACUUGGUUUGAAAGAGCAGCAUGUUUUGGAAAUUUGAUCUUCACUCAUCAUCCCACAUAGACACACUUCUAGAAAGAGAAGAUGUAACACUGAAGGAGUUGAUGGAUGAGGAAGAUGUUUUACAAGAAUGUAAAGCUCAGAACCGCAAACUUAUAGAGUUCCUGUUAAAAGCAGAAUGUCUCGAAGAUUUAGUCUCAUUCAUUAUUGAAGAACCACCUCAAGACAUGGAUGAAAAGAUCAGAUACAAGUAUCCAAAUAUAUCUUGUGAGUUGCUCACUUCUGAUGUCUCCCAAAUGAAUGAUAGACUGGGAGAAGAUGAAUCCUUGCUAAUGAAAUUGUAUAGCUUCCUCCUAAACGAUUCCCCCUUGAACCCACUACUUGCCAGUUUCUUCAGCAAGGUGCUAAGUAUUCUUAUCAGCAGAAAACCAGAACAGAUUGUGGAUUUCCUAAAGAAGAAACGUGACUUUGUGGACCUUAUUAUGAAGCACAUAGGAACAUCGGCCAUCAUGGACUUGUUGCUCAGGCUCUUGACGUGCAUUGAGCCCCCACAGCCCAGGCAGGAUGUGCUGAAUUGGUUAAAUGAGGAGAAAAUUAUCCAGAGGCUUGUGGAAAUAGUUCAUCCAUCGCAAGAAGAAGAUCGGCAUUCAAAUGCAUCACAGUCACUUUGUGAAAUCGUUCGCCUGAGCAGAGACCAGAUGUUACAAAUUCAGAACAGUACAGAACCAGACCCCCUGCUUGCCACUCUAGAAAAGCAAGAAAUUAUAGAGCAGCUCCUAUCAAAUAUUUUCCACAAGGAGAAGAAUGAAUCGGCCAUAGUCAGCGCAGUCCAGAUAUUGUUGGCUUUACUUGAGACACGGCGACCAACAUUUGAAGGCCAUAUAGAGAUCUGCCCACCAGGCAUGAGUCAUUCAGCUUGUUCGGUCAACAAGAGCGUUCUGGAAGCCAUCCGAGGAAGACUUGGAUCUUUUCAUGAACUCCUGCUUGAGCCACCCAAGAAAAGUGUGAUGAAGACUACGUGGGGCGUGCUGGACCCUCCCGUGGGGAACACCCGGUUGAAUGUGAUUAGGUUGAUAUCCAGCCUCCUCCAAACAAAUACCAGCAGUAUCAACGGGGACCUUAUGGAGCUGAAUAGCAUUGGGGUCAUAUUGGACAUGUUCUUCAAAUACACAUGGAAUAACUUUUUACACACACAAGUGGAAAUCUGUAUUGCACUGAUUCUUGCAAGUCCUUUUGAAAACACAGAAAAUAGCACAAUUACUGAUCAAGACUCCACUGGUGACAAUUUGUUAUUGAAACAUCUCUUUCAAAAAUGUCAAUUGAUAGAACGAAUACUUGACGCCUGGGAAAUGAACGAGAAGAAACAAGCCGAAGGAGGAAGACGGCAUGGCUACAUGGGACACCUGACAAGGAUAGCCAACUGCAUCGUGCACAGCACUGAUAAGGGCCCCAACAGCGCCUUAGUACAGCAGCUCAUCAAAGAUCUUCCAGACGAAGUCAGGGAGCGAUGGGAGACGUUCUGCACAAGCUCCUUAGGAGAAACUAACAAGAGGAACACGGUAGAUCUAGUUACAACCUGCCAUAUUCAUUCAUCCAGUGAUGAUGAAAUUGACUUUAAAGAAACGGGUUUCUCACAGGAUUCUUCUUUGCAGCAAAUGCAACAAAUGACGUCCAAUUUUAUUGACCAGUUUGGCUUCAACGAUGAGAAGUUUGCAGAUCAAGAUGACAUUGGCAAUGUUUCUUUUGAUCGGGUAUCAGACAUCAACUUCACUCUCAACACAAAUGAAAGUGGAAAUAUUGCCUUGUUUGAAGCAUGUUGUAAGGAAAGAAUACAGCAGUUUGAUGAUGGUGGCUCUGAUGAGGAAGAUAUCUGGGAGGAAAAACACAUUGCAUUUACACCAGAAUCCCAAAGACGAUCAAG